GCUAUAAUGAAAGAUGAUACGGCUACAUUGAGUUCUUUGGGAAUUGGUCCAUCUUCAAAAGUACUUUUAAUGGGUACUAAACCAGACGACAAAGAUUUAGUACAAACAACAACAGGAUCACCAGAAGAGCAUGCUUUGAUAGAAAGAAUUUCGCAAUCCAUUGAAAAAACAAGGACAAACUUAAUUCCACAAAUUGAAUCAUUAGAAACUUCUGCUUCUACUUUUCUUUCUAAUCAAAGUACUAAUAAUGAUAUUGAUAAGACGAAAUCAAAAUUAAUUGAUACUCAUCAUUAUAUUAUAGAAAAUUUAAUGCAAACUCUUCUAACUUUAGAUGAUGUUGUUUGUCCCCCUGAAUUUGAAACUGCUAGGAAAAAAAGACGAGAAGCAGUUCAAUAUACUCAAGGUUUAAUUGAUAGAGUCGAUAGUGUUAAAGACCAACUAUUGCAUACUUCUCCUACUGAGGUUAAAAACUAA